CCGCUUUGUGUCAUAAACAGCCGACGAGCGUGUCCACUAGCUCAAACGGUAUUUCAUCGAAAACAAGGUCAACAAUCAGAAAUUUUCAAUGUUACACGAAUAAGUGCUGAAUAUAGGAUUCAUGUGAAUGGUGUGGACGAUAGUUAUUACUAUUCUCUACCAGUGAGGGAUUAAGACUUGUCUAGAAAUGGCUAGACGUAUUACAGCAUCGAAUCCGUUCGAAGAAGACGAAGACAGUUUUGAGUAUAUACCUCGAGAAGACGGCAAAAGUCCUUUCGAAACCAGACGUGAGCAGCUAUCACGUCUGGUUGACGAGUCAGAGGAUCGACAGUUGGAAAGCACGAAUCGGGCCAUCGCCAGUCUUUAUGAAUCGGAGGCAAUGGGCACAGCAACAGCAGAGGAACUUUUGCGUCAGAGGGAAGUGCUAAAUAACAUCGAGAAAAAGACAGAUGAUAUCAACUCUUCCCUCACGUCAUCACAGCGCCAUCUGAACAACAUAAAGAGUGUAUUUGGGGGAAUCAAGAACUGGUGGGGGGCAAAAAAAGACGCAAAGACUGAGCCUGCUGCUGCUCAGCAGAAAAGCUCAUUAGACAAGUUUGUUUCUAGAAGCACUGGCUCAAACUCAUCCAGUGAACCCAGAGGACAGAGAUGGGCAAAUGGUGAAAUGGGGGAGGGUUUGGACAAUGGGUUUGCGGCUGGUUCAUCACGUUAUAUGAAUGACAGCAGGUCUGCAGGGCAAGGCUCCAUGCAGUUCAUCCAACCCAUCACCAGAAGUGCACGAGAGGAAGAGCUGGAUAGGAACUUAGGACUGAUGAGUGAUGGCCUGGGUCGCCUCAAGGGCUUAGCUCAAGGACUUGGGGAGGAGAUAGAACAACAAAAUGCUCAGCUGGACAGGAUCAACCCAAAAGUUCAGCAGGCGGACAUGCUGUUAGACAAUCAAAAUAAACAGAUGUACAAAAUCCUUGGGAAGAAAUAAUGGAGUGAUUUUGGGUUGUUUUUUUUUUUAAGUUGGGAGAUCACCGAAAGAGGAUUUGACUUUCACAGACUUGAGCUUCAGCCACCAUCUGCAUUACUGCAGACAUCAUCCAUGUGUUCAAGUCUAUGCUUUUCAGUUUCUGGUCAUGGGGGAGUACUGAGUAGUCAGAGGCUGAAGUCAACCAUUUUGCUUUGAUGUAGUAACCUCCCAGUUUAUUUAUGUCAGAUUAUCUGCAGAAUGGGGUUACUGGAAGUUCAUAUGAUCAAAAAUAAUUUGCUUUUUUAUCACUACACCUCUGUCAGUCAGGAUGUGCAUAGUAGGACUCCCUUGGGAUGCAUUUAGUAGGUUUCUUCAGGUAGGAAGUGUGGUUUAGUCCACAGGCAGCUUUCACAUUGCCCAGUUUGCUUUCAGUGAAUAUAAAACAAAAUUACCUUCAGAUCAAAUCUUAGGUUCUAAUUUCUUAGCACUUGCAACAAUUGUUAUUGCACAAAUUUGGACCAGAUAUAUUUUAAGGUAUCUUUUGAAGAGUGUUGUCCUUAUAGGUUUAUAAAUUUUCCAUUAAUGAUAUAGGUGAAGCAUAACAAAAUUGUAAAAAUUAAUCCUAAAUAUAGUCGUGGAAUAGCUUAAAGGACUACUUGUCCUUAGAAACUGGCGGUUUGUUUUUCGGUGGGGAGGUUCUUUCAAUAUUCAUUCAAAGCUUACAUCGCAGUUUUCCAUAUUUUUUUUUUACAUCAUCAAAGUUAAAAAAAA